UAGAAAUGGACUCGAAACGUAUGAAGGUAUUUGCGUUGUUUCUGAUGUCCAUUACAAUUAUUUUUUGGCUUGCAGCCAUUGCAACGCCAGGCUGGAUUAUCACGUCACCAAAACCAUUAAAAGCACCGUCACUUCACUUGGAAUCCUUUAUGCCAGCAUUGACCCCAUACACAAGAAAUUCUUCUGAAAAAUAUCUGCAAGGCUAUGAUGUCGACACUGGAAAAGAGAACAUCCCUGAAGUACAAAUGAAAUCCUUUAGUCCAUCAUUUACCUCAUACACAAGAAGUUCUUCCGAGGAAUAUCUGCAGGAUUAUGAUGACGACACUGGAAAAGAGAAUAUCGCUGAAAUACAAAUGACACAGAUAUCCGUCCAGAUGAGCAUUUUCUACUUCCUCAUAUGUAACAGAGGUCAAUGUCUUCCGGUUCCGUAUGACACCAGCGGUGUACAAGUCACAGAGGGAAUGACCAGUAUUCCGUCGUUUGUUGAAAUUCAGAUCGAGGGCGUAUUUGUUCUUGUGUUAUUGAUAAUGGCCUAUAUUCUUCUUCUACUGAACAUGAAAUCUUCCUGUAACAUUCUGGUCGGAGGAAUUGCAAUGAUUUUGUCUGGUAUAUUUUCAUUUAUUUUGAUCAUUCGAAUGACUGUGCCAAACAUUAAAAUGACGGAUCUUGCCGAUGCCAUGAAUAUGGAAGUCAAAACACCUUAUUCAAUCAUUUUGGCAUGGAUCAGUUUCCUGCUUAGCUUUGCAACUUCUUUCUUAAUUGGAGUUGUUUACUCAAAACAACGGAAAGAAUCUGUAGACAGCCAGACUCUGGAUUUGAUUUCGACAACCUCUUCAAACGACUUCUCCAUCCUUAAAGAGAUUUAAAAAUAAGUAAUAAUGUCCAUCGUUGAAAAACCAGUUGCUGUAAUGAUCUUCUAAGUCACUCUGAGAUUUGCUAUCUUAUAAGAAAACAUAUGAGUUUGAUAUAUACAUUGAACCAAAUAGAAAUGUCACAAAAUUGCUGUAGAAUCCUUCAUAAUUGGAAGUUAUCCAAAAAAAAAAAAAAAAAAAAAAAAAAAAAAAAUUAUACACUUUUACCUCUAUCAUUUUGAUUGUGCCUAAAAUUCAUUCAAAUAUAUA